GGAGGAAUGUGCAGAAACUUUUCUUCUUUCUGAUUUUCAUCGAAGAAAAAGAAGAAAAAACGUGAUCUGGAGUCCGAGAAGCUCCAGCAGAGAUCCAGAGAGAGGACCGGGAGCAGGCGCUUCUCUUCCUGCCGAGCUGAAGGCUGAACAUGGCGGCUCCGACCGUGUUCCCUGUGGAGAUGUUCCCGGUGGGAGACGCUCAGAGCGACCUGCCCAGGAACACGCUGCCGGCUCCUCAGCUGGUGAUGCUGGCCAACGUGGCGGCGGCAGAGGGGGGCGGGGGGGGCGACGGGGGGGCCGCGGACGAGAAGGAGAUGAUGGAGCUGAAGACUGUCGGAUGCAGCUACUCGGACAGCGAAGACGAGAGCAUCAUCAGGUACAGCUACGACAACCAGAACCACCGAGAGGUUUGCAUCAUCGAGUAUCCCGAGUCCCCGGGCCCGGGCAUCGUCGCUGUGGUGGUAGGAAACGACGAGGAGGAAGACGAGGAGGAAGACGACGGGGACAAAGCCGAAGACCUGUCGCGGCGCCCUGAGACUCGACCCUCGACCGGCAGCAAGGCGCCGCCACCGCAGCCGGGCGCCAAACGCAAAGACAGCCCGGCAGCGGCAGCGGCGACCGCGGAGGGGCCGAAGAAGAAGAAGCCGUUCCACUGUAAACCCUGUCACUUCCAGGCUCAGAACGAGCAGCAGUUCGUGGAGCACCUGAGCACGCACGCCGUCAGCAAGAUGAUGGUGGUCAACCGCGUGGAGGGGCGGAGCAAGGCCAAGACCAAGGAGGCGGAGUCACCCGAGUCACAGGCGGCUUCAGGUGGGGAGGGGGAGAGCGGGGGGGAGGCGGCGGCCGGAGACAGCAAAGGACUGAUCCGGUGUGAGCGGUGCGGAUACAACACCAACCGCUACGACCAUUACAUCGCUCACCUGAAGCACCACAGCAAGGAGGGAGAGGACCACAGAGUGUUUAAGUGUACUCUGUGUCCGUACACCACCGUCAGUCAGUACCACUGGAGGAAACACCUGAGGAACCAUUUCCCCAGCAAACUGCACACCUGCAGCCAGUGCUCCUACUUCUCUGACCGCAAGAGCAACUACAUCCAGCACAUCCGCACACACACAGGUGUGCGUCCUUUCCAGUGUCCGUACUGUGACUACUCCAGUUCCCAGAAGACCCACCUGACCAGACACAUGAGGACUCACUCCGGUGAGCGGCCUUUCAAGUGUGAGAGCUGUAACUACCUGGCAGCCAAUCAGCACGAGGUGACCCGCCACGCCCGCCAGGUGCACAACGGGCCCAAACCUCUGGCCUGCCCCUACUGCGACUACAAGACCGCCGACCGCAGCAACUUCAAGAAGCACGUGGAGCUGCACCUGAACCCUCGCCAGUUCCUCUGCCCGCUCUGCAAGUACGCCGCCUCCAAGAAAUGCAACCUGCAGUACCACAUCAAGUCCCGACACUCCGGCUGCAAGGUCCCCGUCGACGUCUCCAAGGUCAAGCUGCGCAUCAAGAAACCCGGCGCUGACGACGGCUCCAAAGCCAACAAGUUUGAGAAUUCAUCCAGCGUGGAGGAGGACUUCGACGUGGACGACGACGAGGAGCUCGACCCCAUCGAAAAACAAUCGAGUCCCAUCAACCUGUCGAUCAAGAGGAGCAGCAAGCCCGGCGUCGCCCAGCCGGUGCCGACCGAGACACCCGACAAGGUCCAGAAGAAAGCCAACGUCGCCUCCGAGAAAGACAAACCGCUAAAGACCAAGGACAAGGUGGAGCCGGAGAAAAAGGUCUCCACCAGGCAGAAGAAGACGGAGAAGAUCAGCGAGAGUCCGGUCGAGAGCUCGGGAACUCAGACGGAGACUCCAGCCGCCGUCACCGCUGACAACAAGACCAAGAGACGAGUCAAGAAGCUGCCGGCAGAGAAAACUGCUGCCCAAGACCAGGAAGGAGCACCGGAACCUGAAAAAGACCAGAAGGAGACGUCUGACCCACAGAGAGCCGCGGAGGAAAGAGCAGUGAGACAGAAAGUAGAGAAAGAGGACGAGAAGAAGCCUGAAGAGAAAGAGAAAGAGAAAGAACCGCUGAAGACCGAGAGCAGCGGGAAGGAGAACAAAAGCCUCAACAAGCCGAGGAAGUCUGGAUCAAAGAAGUCCGAGAAGAGUGCAGAAAGUGUGGAAGCAGCCGUGCAGAAAGCGGGAGGAGCCGAGAAAAAGGAAAAGCCCGUCAAAGAAAAGGCAGCGAAGAGGAAAGCGGCGGAGGCGUUAGACCUCUCCAACAAGUCCUCGUCUGAGACUCCGGCGAAGACCAGGAGGACGAAAGCCUCGGCUGCCGAGAAGCCGCCGUCAAAACCGGCUUCAGAGGACACGAACAAGUCCAGCGGGACUCCGUCGAAGCAGAAGAAGACCAGGACCUCCAACCAGAAAGCCCCCCCCGCACUCCAGCAGACCGCUAAAGCCAAGACCAGCAGUCCACCGGCCGCCCCCCCUCAGGAGGAAACGCCUCCGUCAGAGCAGCAGACUCCCGACAGACCGUCAGAGAAGAUGGAUGUCACGCCUCCCGCCACCGAGGACCGCCCCGCCACCGAGGACCGCACCCCCGCCACCGAGGACCGCCCCCCCGCCGAGGACCGCCCCAUCUUCGCCAAACCCACAUCGCCGCCGUCGCUCGUGCUGCCGGGCCAGCGUGGCAAACCGGCCGACCCCGAGGACGACGAGGGCAUCCACAGCAGCCACGAGGGAGGAAGUGACAUCAGCGACAGCGCCUCGGAGGGCAGCGACGACUCCGGCCUGAACGGUAACGGCGCCGGUUCGGGGAAGAUGGCGAACGACCCCGAAACGCCGACGGACGAAAUCCCGACGCCGACCGAGCUGAAGAGCCACAUGUGCAUCUUCUGCGACCGCACGUUCCCUCUGGAGGCCGAGUACCGGCGCCACCUGAACCGCCACCUGGUCAACGUCUACUACAUGGACGCCGCCAAGGGGCAGAACUGAGGACCCGUUUCCAUGGUGACUCGGCCCGCCGGGACUCGAAGCAGAGACUUUAAAUUCAGAGCGAGCUUCUGUCCUGAAACACGGUUACAUCGUCUCUCAGGAGGCGCCGAACGUUUCAUUCAGACAUCACU